AUGGAACACGAGCUGAGAUUCAAGCGUACCGUGCUGCCUCAUUACCUGAAGAUGCUCACCUCAGCACUGAGCCUGAAUGACAUCUCCAGCCGCGGCAGCCAACAACAACUGUGUCCCAGCGAGGAGACCGCACUGGGAACGGCGUUGAGGGAAGCUCACUCACACGUCAGUGAGGCUGCAACACAGGCUGGGGCGGUGCUGGAAGACCUGGACAGGGAGGUGGAGGAUGCAGCCGAGGAGAAGAGGAGCUGUGAGCAAGAGAUGGGGAAUGAGAAGCAGCAGCUUCUGCAGCUGGACAAGCAGAUGGUGAGUGAGGAGAGCAGGAGAGAGGUGGUCAGAGAUGAUGUGGAGAGAUGGCAGCUGGAGAUGCGACAGGCUCAGCACACCCAGGAUACGGAGAAUGCCCGCAGGGCAGAGAAGGAGACAUCGCGUAACCUGGGCAUCGGGCUGGGCAUCCUGCCCUUUGUGGCAAUCCCUCUGGUUGUGGGAUCCUGUAGAGAAAUGUCUCGUUGUGAGGCAUUGAUUGAGGAGGCAGUGAAGGACAAGGCGGAGGUGAAGGUGAAGCUUGAUCAGGCAUCUCUGGAGCUGGACCAAUGCCGGCAGAAGCUGCUGGAGCUGCAACACCGCAGGCUGGAGGUGGACAACGGGCUGCGGGAGAGGCAGAGGGAGCUGCAGAUGCUGCACCAUGCACUGGAGCAGCUGCUCAGCUCCAGGAGGAAGGUAUCCAAUGAGCUGGACCAUCUCAGCUCACUCAGAGCCCAGCUGGGCGUGCUGACCACCCGCUGUGGGCAGGAUGCAUACGCCGGGUACGGGCUGAUCCAUGGCCGGCUCAUCUCCCUCCUCUCCCACCUGCAUGGACACAGCUUCAGCCUCCAGCUCCUGGCAGAUCCCCGAGUGCUCAGUAAACUCACCCUGCUGGACGGCAAUGGGCCGAGCACUGGAGGCUCAGAGAGUGGUGGGGGGGCGGGGGGGCAUGACCCAUGACUGACCCCCUCACCACCGGCCGCAGGGUCAGAGAGUGAGGGGGGGGGUCCUGACCCUUGACCCCGUGACCCACCCCCCCAUCCACAUCACUGAGCCCAGGGUCAGGGAGGGCAGGGGUCAUUGACCCCAAGGAAAGGUCACCCCUCCAACCCUGCCCCUAUGAUUCACAAGAUGUUAGCAGACUGCGUGAUCGAUAAUGUCCCCGCAACCCCAGCCCACCACCUAGCGUAUCUGUGGGGAGACACCGUUCCCCUCAUGCCCACCCUCAGAAGAUGCCAACACAGUGCCCUGGCACCCUG